AUGGGGAAGAAGGCUCUCCCUGAUGCUGCAUCCUCCCACUCCUCUCUGAAGUUGCAUGUCUCACGCAAGGCCGCCAAGGUCAUGCAGACUUUGAAGGCUGGCAUGAAGGCCUUAACUCGUCCUUUAAAGUGCCUUCGCAAGGCAGCUUCAUCAUCUAAGCUGUCUUGCACAUCCUCCAGGGUCUCAACGUACACCUCUAAACCUGACACCAUCUCCAUUCACUCCGAUUCCGGUAGUGCAGAGGCGCUGGCUCUCACUGAUGCGAUCUCCAUUCACUCAUCAACGAGCAGCUCUAACGAGGGUGGACUGGAGGAGAAUGAUGCACAGGAGCUCACACACUUGCAAGCAACUUGGAGGUCCCCGGUCUAUACGUUCUUCAAAUCGAAUGUCUCGGUUGAAUAUUAUAAUGGAUGCAAGUGUCAUUUCUUUCCCUGUGCUGCUCGCAAGUGCAAGAAUCCCCUCGGUGGUGUCCGACGGUACCAGGAUUCCAAGGACAAGGCUUUCACAUUGAACCUUAAGACUCACGCUAUUAACUGCUUCGGAGCAGCUGCAGUCGAAGCAGCAAUCAAGGGAGACAAGGCCCCACGUGAUGGUUCAAUCUUCGCAGUGUUUGCUCACACGUGGAAGCUCGUUAAGUGGGUCACCGAAAGCAAUCACCCUGUCAGGAUUGUGUCAGACCGUGAGUUCCAAGAACUCAUGAUGGCUGGCCAUCCCACCCUCGUAUUGCCAUCAUCCAUGACCUUGGCUCGGGACAUCAAGAGUUUAUUUGAGCACUGUCGUGAGCGCAUCGGACAGUUAUUACGGGAGCACCCGGGGCACCUCAACUUUGCCACGGAUGCAUGGACUUCGCCGAACCAUUGCGCCUUCGUAGCUUGGACUGUCCAUCUCGAGUUCCAAGGGUAUCCGCUUUCUUUUCUUUUGGACGUGAUUGAAGUCUUGGAGUCUCACACAGGUCAAACACUCGCACGUGAGUUUCAGGCCAUGCUGGUCAGGUACGGGAUUGAGCAAAAGAUCCUGACAUUCAACGGUAACAAUGCGACAUCCAAUGACAAGCAAACAACGGAGCUUGCCAAACUCCCAAACUCCUUCGAGGAGGUCCACCGUGUUCGAUGCUUCAACCACACACUGCAACUUUCAGCCAAAUCACUUCUCAAACCGUUCAAUGCUGCCCUUGCGAAGUUGUCUGACUUGCAGGAUGAUACACCCGAUGAUCUACCUGAUCUCUUAGGGCCAGAUGACGAUGGCGACGAUGAUGAUGAUGAUGAUGUUGAGAAUGCUGGUAUGGAAUUCACUGAUGAGGAAGAGAUCUACAAGGAGGUUGAUGGGCUGGCGGAGCUGGACGACGAUGCACGUGAGGCCCUUCUCAAUGAAACUGCAGACGUUCAGGCCACGUUGACCAAGAUCCAUCAACUCGCUUUUGCCAUCAUCCACUCCAGCACAAUUGCACUACCAGCCUGGUGUGAGAUGUGUCAGCACUAUAAACUCCGUGUUCGCAUCAUUCCCCGUGAUGUCGUCACUCGGUGGAGCUCGACCUACGAUAUGUUAAGUUUUGCAAUUCGCUAUCGCCAGCCCAUCAAUGCUAUCACUGCAGACAAGGUCUUAAAACUCCGCAAGUAUGAACUGGACAUGGACGACUGGCAGAUUGCCCAAGCUCUGAUGCAGGUGCUCAAGAAGUACAAAAAGGCCACACUCUUCUUUUCUCAGGACUCCAUCAGCACCAUCGCAAACGUCAUUCCUACCACAUCAUUUGCGGGUGAGCAAUCGGUGCCGCCUGCAAUCCAGUCAGUGAUGGGCCUCGCGCGCACCACUAUGAACAGGUAUUAUUCAAAGACCGAUCUCUCAUCGAUAUAUCGCAUUGCUAUGGUCCUUCAUCCCAGUUUGAAGCUCGAGUAUUUCAAACAGCGCAGUUGGGAUCAGACUUGGAUCGACACUGCUGAGAACAUCACGCGCGAGGAAUAUAUCGCUGUGUACGAGGAGGCCGCUACACUACAACAAUAA